AUGAGCUCCACACUAAAGCCCCAACGACCUUUUAUUGUUCUCCGGGAAUUUACAGCUGGAAGACACAAAGUGUUUGCUGGUUCCAUGGGUGUCUUACUGGACAAUGACCAUUCCCGUGGCCGUAUCUUAGAUCUACCAAACCGUCCAGAAGUGACAGUGAAAAGAAACCUGGUUCGCGUACUAGGGAAGAGAGACUCUGCUUUUCUGUAUGGUAUUGGCGUGCCCCAGCGACGGCUUAAUCUCCUCAACAAUGAGAAGCUGCUCCAAGCUAUAUGUGGCAUGCAGAUCAACGAUGUUGUCAGGAUACGUUUCCAGGGAUAUGCCUCAGUAGGGGUAGUUAAUGCCAUUUGGGAGCUUUCCGACAAAUCAAGACUAUCAGAUCUCACAAAACUUCUGACUGAAGUGGAACUGCUGGUGAGUACAAUUUAUUCAAAUAAUUUUUAGUGGGUAAUUUCUUCACAUGGACUUCUCAUAUGCCUACUCUAGAUUGUCCUUUUAAAUUUAAAGAGACCCUAAGAAUACAUGGAAAUGAUAAGUAUCCAUAAGACAAGCUUUUUUAACCCUUUGCCCAUUCUCCUUGCAUCUUUUACAAUAUUGUUUAAUGUAUUUGCAUAUUUUGGGGUCUCCCAACAUCUAAUAGGGAACUCCAGAUGUGCACCCCUUGCUCAAUGUGCCUGCAUUGUUAUGUGUUAUACCUCACCAACAAGGCCAAUAAGUGUCUGUCAUAUUAGAAUUCGAUUGUGGUAUGUUAAAUAACUCCCAUUAUUGGAAUGUAUGUUACUGGGACAGAAGGGAAUAGGAUCAGAUGGGGUAGGUGGGGGGUGGGGGGGGGAGCAAUGUCACACAUGCCUAAAAAGAGGUAUGUACAUUUACUCAUCAGGCAUUCCUAGCUGACUGUCAGCCAACCUGCCCAUUCAUACCCAUUGAUGCUCACAUUUAGAGCAUUGCUAAAUUUAUGUUAAAAAAAAAAUACUGUUUAGGUAAAUGCCCUACGUGACUGUCUGUCUAUCUAACAAUCUAUUCUACAUGAUACCUGUUAAUUUUGAAUGUCCACACCCUGUACAAAAAUAGUAAAUAUCAUCACUGCAAAGUAAUUUUAAAAAAAUAACAUACAAUUAUUUACAGUAAUGAAUUCAAUGCAGGCACAUAAAUAUAGGAAAAAGCCUGGCUGAAUUCUCACAAUACAUAUUGUCUGAAAAGGUCAGGAUAUACUGCUCUACUCAAGUGCUCUAACUGCUUAACUGCAUCACCUGCCUCUACUCAGUGGUGUUUACCUGCAACUCAGCUAUACAGUUUCUUUAGCAUUUCUUAAUCCCUCACAGUUCCCAUUACUAACACUGUAGAUCUGUUUUCUAAUUUUUUUUUCUAUUUUAUUAUGAAAAGUGCAGUACCACCAAAUUUUCUGCCUAACCCACUACUUUAUAUGAUGUGUUAUCUCUUGUAAAAUGUUUUUACCAACAUGCCUGUUAAUCUAUGCACUACAAAAAAUAAAGAAUGUAAAAAAUAUAUAUAGGAUAAAGCAAAUAUUUUCUAUAUACAUUGCUGUUCAUUGAUACAUGAGAAGUAGUAUACUUAUUCAAAAGUACAUGCUUUUAGCUAUUUAUUUGUUUAAAUAGAAAUGUUCAGAUAACCUACUGAUGGGUAUUUGUAAGGAAUCUGAUACGGGUAUUUCUGGGAAUGUGACAUUCCAACAAUGCCAUCAGAAUGUAAAAAUAUUCACUAAAUAGCAGACCCCCCCCCUCCUCAAAAGAACAUAGCUAUUAAGUUUAACCAACAAAGGUUGCCUUAGUAUGAAAGUCACCCCCACCCUCAUUGUUAAAGAAACUCUUGUAUAGGUAAAAUGCCCUGAAUUAGCUUCACGUAGUGCAUGAGUGUUUAACCACAUGCUUGUCUAGUAUUCCCAGAAGCAAAACACCAGAGUAGCAACUUGAGACAGCAGGACAUGAACCCAAAAUCGGGUCUGUCCCAACAAAUUUGUUACAGAUGUCAGGUGUGAUGUUAUGAACGUGCGUCAUAUUUAUUUCUGGUCAGAGCUGCCUGUAUUAGUGAGACCACCCUGAUAUUUUAGCGAUGUAAGUUCCCAUUGCUGUGCCACAAAAGAGCUAAAACCCCACUGAGUUUACCUGAUGGAGUGAAAACGAACUAUAAGAAAAGCUGUUUUAUACAAUUUUGGUGUCACUUACACUUUUUUGGCUAUACUGUUCCAUAACUGUAGUUAACAAUCAGGACAUAUUUCAUCAUCUGAUCAGAGAUCAUUGGAAAAAAAAACUCUUUAAGUCCAGUAUGCUCUAAGCUUCACAAAGACGCAAAUGAGUAGAACCCCAUAAAGUCCUUAUGUAUUUCAGAAAUGAAAAUACAGCUAGCCUACAGCUAAGUUUGUGAAAAGCUCAACUUUAGCUUCAUGUUUUUACUGUAUGUGCAUUGCGUAUGGGGGUGGGCACAGCUUUCUACGCUCUCGUCUCUAUGUCACUGCUUGUGACAAGGUGGUAAUUAAGCAUUUUGGAGGUGCUGCAGAUUCUUUUCAAGAAAAAGGGUAUCCCCUUCUUAUCCCCUUACCAAAAGUGUACUGGCCAAGGGUUUAAAUAAAAUAAUGGUAGUCAUUUGGACUCCAUAUAGAUCAGGAGGGAGAAUUUGGUAAUAUGCCAAAAGUGUGGCAAAUCAGGGGUAGUCAACCUGCCGCACUCCAGAUGUUGUGGACUACAUUUGCCAUAAUGCUCUUACAGCCGUAAUGCAGGCAAAGCAUCAGGGGAGAUGUAGCCGAACGUUUCCUACCCCUGGUCUAGAUGUAGGGGUAAGACAUGUUUGUCAAGGAAUUGCCGAGUUAGUUGGCACAUUAUUAUUGCAACUUAUCGGUCUUUCGUUCCUAAGUUGUGUACAGUUCCGACAAGACCCAAUUCAAGGCUAUGUUGAGCAAUUCUGAGGUGUAUCAUUUUAGUUUAAAAGGAUUUCAGAUUUAACAUCCAAGAAUUCAAGAGCCAUAUAAAUAGUACUUAAAAUUUUUUGGCAUACACUCAAAUCGGAAAGUUACAGGGCACAUGUUUAACUCUAUAUUUAAAGUUAAAUGCCAUUACAACAUUUUUAAUCAUAGAUUCACUUCAUACCGAGCGAUCCUUAUUCAAUAUUCCUAUUUACCAGUUCUACGCCUAUAUAUUUAAUAGGUAUAUAUAGUGUAAAGGACCAAAAUUAUUUAUAGAACCAACAACAUCAUUGUUCAGUAUCCUUAUGUCUGGAUAUUGCUCUGGAUCCUAACUUUAUUCAUAGGUUUCCAUCACUCAGCAUCCCCUACACAGUGAUUGGAGUUCCCUACUACCAAGGGCUACUGAGGAAUUCAUGAUUUUAUUUGUAGAAAAGGAAAUCACAGACAAUAAGGUGAAAUACAAAGAAGCAUGCCUUUUUUUUUAAUAUACAUAAAACUCGGCAUGCUAUAUACAUUCGGGAUUUUGUUUUGUUAUUUAUCAUGACAAUGCAACUUUGAAUGUAUUAUGUUAUAAGAAUAUUGUUUAAAGUAUACUGUAGGUACCAUAACCACGUCUAGUAAUUGAAGCGGUUAUGGUGCCAACAUAUUUCCUUUAAUGUUACAAAUUUUCCACUAAACGUGGGGUUUUCUUGGCAAGAGCUGGAAGAGAUCAUUGCAACAACAACCCCAUCUUGCAGUGUGUACUUUUAGUCCCUUUAUCUUAUGUGACGAUUGUAUGGUGUAAUUGUUAUAAAGUGUCCUGUCUUAACGUUACAGUUAUAAUUCUUUGCAAAAAAAAGAAAGUGUUUAAGGGGAACCCUUUAUUUAAAUUUAUUAAUAGACUAUAUGCAUAUUAAUUGUCUGUACUUUUUCUUUCAAUAUUCCUUUAAUAUGCUAUAAUCUUUCCUUUAUACAGUUGCAAGAAAAAGUAUGUGAACCCUUUGGAAUCAUAUGGAUUUCUGCACAAAUUGGUCAUAAAAUGUGAUCUGAUCAUGAUCUAAGUCACAACAAUAGACAAUCACAGUCUGCUUAAACUAAUAACAUACAAAGAAUGAAAUGUUGCCAUGUUUUUGUUGAACACUGUAAACAUUUACAGUGCAGGUGGAAAAAGUAUGUGAACCCCUAGACUGAUGACAUCUCCAAGAGCUAAUUGGAGUGAAAUGUCAGCCAACUGGAGUCCAAUCAAUGAGAUGAGAUUGGAGGUGUUGGUUACAGCUGCCCUGCCCUAUAAAAAACACUCACCAGUUCUGGGUUUGCUUUUCACAAGAAGCAUUGCCUGAUUUGAAUGAUGCCUCGCACAAAAGAGCUCUCAGAAGACCUACGAUUAAGAAUUGUUGACGUGCAUAAAGCUGGAAAGGGUUAUAAAAGUAUCUCCAAAAGCCUUGCUGUUCAUCAGUCCACGGUAAGACAAAUUGUCUAUAAAUGGAGAAAGUUCAGCACUGCUGCUACUCUCCCUAGGAGUGGCCGUCCUGUAAAGAUGACUGCAAGAGCACAGCGCAGACUGCUCAAUGAGGUGAAGAAGAAUCCUAGAGUGUCAGCUAAAGACUUACAAAAGUCACUGGCAAAUGCUAACAUCCCUGUUAGCGAAUCUACAAUACGUAAAACACUAAACAAGAAUGGAUUUCAUGGGAGGAUACCACAGAGGAAGCCACUGCUGUCCAAACAAAACAUUGCUGCACGUUUACAGUUUGCACAAGAGCACCUGGAUGUUCCACAGCAGUACUGGCAAAAUAUUCUGUGGACAGAUGAAACCAAAGUUGAGUUGUUUGGAAGAAACACACAACACUAUGUGUGGCGAAAAAAAGGCACAGCACACCAACAUCAAAACCUCAUCCCAACUGUGAAGUAUGGUCGUGGGGGCAUCAUGGUUUGGGGCUGCUUUGCAGUGUCAGGGCCUGGAUGGAUUGCUAUCAUCGAAGGAAAAUGAAUUCCCAAGUUUAUCAAGACAUUUUGCAGGAGAACUUAAGGCCAUAUGUCUACCAGCUGAAGCUCAACAGAAGAUGGGUGUUGCAACAGGACAAUGACCCAAAGCAUAGAAGUAAAUCAACAACAGAAUGGCUUAAACAGAAGAAAAUACGCCUUCUGAAGUGGCCCAGUCAGAGUCCUGACCUCAACCCGAUUGAGAUGCUGUGGCAUGACCUCAAGAAAGCGAUUCACACCAGACAUCCCAAGAAUAUUGCUGAACUGAAACAGUUCUGUAAAGAGGAAUGGUCAAGAAUUACUCCUGACCGUUGUGCACGUCUGAUCUGCAACUACAGGAAACGUUUGGUUGAAGUUAUUGCUGCCAAAGAAGGUUCAACCAGUUAUUAAAUCCAAGGGUUCACAUACUUUUCCACCUGCACUGUGAAUGUUUACAUGGUGUGUUCAAUAAAAACAUGGCAACAUUUCAUUCUUUGUGUGUUAUUAGUUUAAGCAGACUGUGAUUGUCUAUUGUUGUGACUUGAUGAUCAGAUCACAUUUUAUGACCAAUUUGUGCAGAAAUCCAUCUCAUUCCAAAGGGUUCACAUACUUUUUCUUGCAACUGUAAGGAGCUGAUGAAUUACUGAAUGCCUAGUCGAUUAUCAGGUGUUUAGUACAUCAUCACCUCGCUCUAUAUAUAAAUAAUAUUAUAUUGUCCAUAAUGUCAGUUUCAUAUAAUAAUUUGCAGGAUGGGGAGUGCACCAAUAAUUUAACCAAACCAUUAAAAGUCAACGCUGGAGAAAUACUGUCAGUGAGCUCUAAUGUCCGGUACCACCUGUAUUACAGUGACACAAGACCAGGCGUAGAUGAAAGAGGUAAAGAGGUGAAAUAAUUACAUAAGUACAUCUACUUUUUGGGCACCCCUGAUUUAGAGUAUCUGAGGUGGGGUUAUACAUCUGUCUAACUCUUCAUUAAAUCACGACAAAUAAAAGAGUUUAAAAUUCGAGUAUCUGAGGCAGCAUAAUGGCUGACUUCCAGUUUGUGUGACCUACAGUACUAGGCCACCACAGAUUCGGUAGUUAUGGUGUUACAGUAUAUUUCAAUUAAAACUUGUCUAUAGCAUUACAUCAAGAUAUUCACCCAUCUUGUAAUGACAGCAGCACUGGGGCUCUGUGAAGUAAAUUCAUGUCAAGAGGCAUAGUCCAGAAUCCUUUGCAGUUUUGUCAUGCCAUUCCCAUGCCAUCAGAACAACAAUGCCUAAACAUAACAUCGAGUAAUGCAAAUGUGUGUGUUCAAGAGAUAAUUAUCCUCCACCUACUUGUUUACAACAUUUUUGAUGGUGAAAUCUUUACCACAACCUAUAAGUCACAGGUGGAUACAUUUAAUUGUAUGUUAUGCAACUAUAUAUAUAUAUAUUUAUUUUUUCUUUUAACAAACACAAUACUUUUAAUUGCAACAAAGACAUAUAUUCAUGCCUAUUUUUAAGGGAUAGACAUCAAAACCACUUUAGCUUAAUUAAAGGACCACUAUAGUGCCAGGAAAACAAACUUGUUUUCCUGGCACUAUGUAGUCCUUAGCAUAGGCGUGCUGUGUGUGUGUGUGUGUGAGGGUGCUGUAUGUAGGUGCUCUGUGUGUGUGUACGCGCUGUGUGUGUAAGGGCGCUGUGUGUGUAAGGGUGCUGUGUGUGAAGGCGAUGUGUGUGUGAAGGCGAUGUGUGUGUGUGUGUGUGAGGGCGAUGUGUGUGUAAGGGCGCUGUAUGUGUAAGGGUGCUGUAUGUGUGUAAGGGUGCUGUAUGUGUGUGGGUGAUGUUACUGUAUGUGUGUAUAUGUAAGGGUGCUGUGUGUGUAAGGGUGCUGUUAGUGUGUGGGUGGUGUGAGGGUGCUGUGUGUGUAAGAGUGCUGUUAGUGUGUGCUGUGAGUGUGUAUGUGUAAGUGUGCUGUUAGUGUGAGGGUGCUGUUAGUGUGUGUGUGUAAGGGUGCUGUAUGUGUAAGUGUGUUGUUAGUGUAAGGGUGCUGUGUGUAAGGGUGCUGUUAGUGUGAGUGUGCUGUUAGUGUGAGUGUGCUGUUAGUGUAAGGGUGCUGUGUGUAAGGGUGCUGUUAGUGUGAGGGUGCUGUUAGUGGGUGUGUGUGAGGGCGCCGUGUGUGUAAGGGAGAUGUGUGUGUGUGUGUGUGUGUGUGAGGGUGCUGUGUGUGUAUUGUAUGUGUGUAGAUGCUGUGUGUGUGUGUGCUGUAUGUUUGGGUGAUUGUGUGUAUUGUGUGGGUGGGCCAUUUAAUAAAUAUCCCCCCUCCCUUCUUACCUUAUGCCUGGGAGGGGGGAUCCUGCUGCUGCUGCCAUCCAUCCCUGGUGGUCCAGUGGAGAGUGAACGCUAGCCUGCGGGGCUAGCGUUCACUCUCGCAAGAUCUGAGCGUUGCCGUGGCAAUGCUCAGAUCUCGCGAGAGGUACCCGGUGGAGCUGCUGGCAAGAGCUCACCGGGUCCUCUCCUGCCUCCCUCACUGCCUGUGGGUCGGUGAGGGAAGGCUUAGCGCAGAGCCGGCGCUCGGAUAGCGCCGGCUCUGCAUGAGCUGAUGGGGGGAUUCUGAGAUCUCCCCUGCCGGUCUCAAUACAUAGGUGUGCCGCGGGGAUUAGGUUGUGCCCAGGCACACCCCGUGCGCACGCCUCUGGUCCUUAGGUCCCCCCACACUCAGGGACACCCUCUAGCUCGGUUGAAGGGGUUAAAACCCCUUCAGCCACUUACCUUAAUCAAGCUCCGAGCUCCCUCGAGUGGAGCCGAAUGCGCAUGCGCCGCUAAAACCACCCAUUGGAAAGCAUUACUCAAAGUUUCUCUGAAACUGCUUUGUUUACAGCUGCAGGUUUAAAACCUGAAGGACCUGGCACCCAAACCACUUCAUUUAGCUGGGUGUACAUAUCAUGUUUCUGCUUAUGCAGCCCUAGCCACAGUGCAUGAAAAAAAGAAAGUGUUUACGAAGGCAGUGCAUAUCACAUGCAGAGAGGUGUGACUAAUGAUGCCUAAACAAAGUGACUUAACUCCUAAAUGGCAGAGAAUUGAGAAAUGAGACUGCAGGGACAUGAGUUAUACACUAAAACUGCUUCAUUAAGCUAAAGUUGUUUUGGUGACUAUAAUCUUAUUAUUGUCAUUUAUAUAGCGCCAGCAGAUUCCGUAAUGCUUUAAUCAACUUCAACUUUGUAUUCCCAAUCAUUUCUAGUGUAGUUUAUUUACGUAUCAAAUAUAUUAUGUUUUUUGUACAAUCCAUUAGUAAAGAUUAAUUACCCAAAUUAUGGUCUAUAAUUUGUUAUUCUAUAUUCAUAAAAAAAAUUGUAUUGCUAUAUUAUAUUAUGCCUACAUAUAUAUUAUAUAUGUAUUUAAGUUUUGCUCUUACAUAACCAGUUUUGUGCUCCCUAUCCCUAGAUAUUCACAGUGCCCUCGAUGAUGUUUUGAUUGAUAUUCCUCCUGUGCGUGAGUGUGAUGUUCUUGAGAAGAUGGUUGGAUUGAGAAGGGGUAUACAAGGGCACCACAACUCAUGUUACCUUGAUACCACACUUUUUAGGUAAAUUAUCAAUAUUUCACAAGUGAAACGUUUUUUUAGUAAGUGAACGUUUUUUGUUUUUUUUAAUGGAUUAAUUUUUUUUAAAAUGUUGUUUUCCCUUCUUAUAGUCUGUUCACAUUUUCCUCAGUUCUGGAUCACAUUUUACAAUCUCCGGAGGUCUGUGAUGCAAAAGUGCAGCGUAUCUUGAGGCAGGAUAUUGUGAAUCCGCUGAGAAGGUAAGCAUGCAGCAAAGGCUUGAAGUAAAGACUGAUGCCAACUUGAGUCCAUCUGAGGGUUUUUUUCUGUUCCACUUGAUGGUUCAUAAGGUGUAAUUUGGUGAGGGUACCUGCAUAUUACAAAACUGUACAAACAAAAAAAAAAAGGAUAGGUAGAUCACAAACUGGGAACUAGUGAAAAAUGACACUCUGGGUUCCUUGAAGUCUCCCAGUCAUUAAAAUGGCCAAUUCAGUAUUAGAAAGAAUGAUAUAUUAUAUAUUGAUUGGUGAAACCAAUCAAAAUAGCCUUCUGUUAAUAAAAAAAUCAUAUGUAUAUCAUACCCACAAGAGUACCAAUCAAAGUGCCAAAGCCACCAUGUUUUCUUGCUAGAGGAACCUGUUCAACUUUGUACUCUUGAAUAAUAUUUGGCAUUGUGGGUUCUUUCGGAUAGAAUAUGGUUUCUAUAGUCACCCUUGUCUGGCACCUCAUUCUACAUCUCAUGUUGUUUUCACUUUACAGAAAUGGCUUUGUCCAUGCUGAGAGUGUCAUGAAGCUCAGAAAAUUACUGCGAUGUGAAACCUUUGUGACAGAAGAAAAAGGUAUGUUAAUAUUUGUCCACCAACCUUAUACGUUUCUGUACACGUAUCCCCCAACAUUAUACAUUUGGAAAACCAUGAAUAAGUACAGACUAUUUAGUUCUCUGAUUUAUUGAUUGAUGGACUCUCUGUUUCAGAUCCUGAAGAGUUUUUAAAUGCUUUACUACACGAAGUCCUAGCUGUAGAACCACUGAUGAAAAUCAGGUGGGUUGAAAAUAUACAUUGCUAUGAUUUAUAAAACUUAAAUUAGAAGUAGAAGAAAAAUAGAAGAAACGCAACAAUUCUGCAGGACAGAAGACAUAAUUAACAAUAUAUAAAGUAAAGAUAGAUGUUAACACCUGGGUAUUUUAAAUUAAUGGAAAGGAGUUCUGGACAUGGUGGAUUCUAAGGUGGCUGGUAUUGGAAAUGGACAUGUAACAGAAAGAAGGAUACACAAAUCAAAUAGGAAGUUGUGGCGAAAUUAACAUCACCACUUGUGCCUGGAGAAGACUGAUUGCCAGCCUCCUGCCAUGUGACUAUGGCUCUUGGGAUGUAUUGCCUGCUCUUCUGUACUGCUGAGGAUUGCUACCAACCAAGUGGAUUUGGCUAUGGAGCUUGUGUAGUGCCCUCUGUUGGUAGCAACAGUAAUAUGCACUACCUGAAUAGCAAGACUGCUAAUUUGCAUAUUUGGGUAGAUUUGCAUAUAGCAAAUUCUGCAUGCAGGAGAGACAUUUUGUGUUAAUUAUAGUCUUCCCCACCCAUUUAUAAAUAUGUAAUUAUGUUAUAAUAAGUCACUGUAUGUUGCCUGCUAUGAUUUGACUGUUUGUAAUUUUAUUGAAUUUUCACAACAAUGUUCAUAUAAUGACCAUUUGGGCUAGUCCCAAGUAAAAUAAAGUUUUAGACAGGUCUACUUCACUCUCAAUUUGGAGUCCUGUCUCUUAUUGGGUGAAUCUGAUACAAGGGAUUGCUUUGCUUUGCAUAUUCCCUUGCUAUAAUCACUCAUAAGCUCUUUUAAGAGCUUGUUCUUGCUUUGCUCUGAAGGAAGAGAGGUUUGGCCUGUGGUGGUUGUGGUGUCAGCUAGAGUGCUUGGAAUCCUCAAAAAGUGCUAGGAGCAUCCAUCAAUGGAGGUACCCAGUCAGGGUGCCAGGUGAUCUGUUACAGAAGUAAAGUAGAUAAAGAAAAAAAAUAAAUCAGAUUUGGUCAGUGAUGACCGACCUUGAUAUUGCUGGUGUUUGUGAAAGCUCUUUUUUUUCUUUUUCCUCCUGCUCCAGAUGUAACGACAAGACGCAAGAAAGCAACAUUUAUCAAAUUAUUGUCGAGAGGGACGGAACUUUGAAGGUACCUUCGGUGCAAACUCUGAUGGAAAGAUCAUUUCGAUUCUAUGAUGACCUGAAAUUUGAAAAGGUGAUCUCAUCCAAAAUGAAAUAGCUAUCUAUUCAUCGUUAUACACCAAAAUAAAUGUAUCUAUAACAUUCACUCUUUCCUUCUAUUGAAAGACAGAUAGUCUAACUUCAGAUCUGUACUUAUUUUUAGAUACCUUACCUAACCUAGAUCAGAGGGUCUCAAUCUAUAACCUACAGAAUCAACUAUUUUAGAUUUAUCACUAUACUCAUUAGAACAAAAAAAUUAAAAUUUCUAAUCUCUGGAGCCCUAACUUAUGUGUGUAAUGCUAUAGAAUAUAUAUAAAGAUAUAGAAUAAUAUAUGAGAAACUUUAAAUGUAAUUCAGGAAAGUAUAUUAAAGAGGCACUCUAAGCACCAGAACUGUUAAAACUUAAUGUAGUGGUUUUGGUGUAAAGUGCAUGUUGUUCCCAUUUGUGCCUAAGGACACUUCUAGCGGCUGUCAAUCAGACAGCCACUAGAGGUGCUUCCUAUUACAGUCCUGCAAUCUUUCAUGAUUUGCGUGAAGACGCCAAACACUCCCCAUAGAUAUGAAGUGUGAUUGCCUGAGAUCAUCAGUAACGAUGAUCUCAGCCAGAGGAGGAGGCUGUGGCAAGACAGGCACAAAGUAUAGUGAAAGAUAAGUUAAAAUCAUAAGUCUAAAUUAGCGAGAAGUACGUCUGAAAUUAGAAAUACAUGAAACAUUUUUUUAAUGUUGGAGCGCUUCUUUAAAAAUACAUCCUUCUUCAGCUUAAAAAUAAUUUUCAGUGCAGCCCUGCCCUGCACUGUACAAUUUCCAAAAUGAUCCCUAUUUAAAACGACAAUAAAGGAACCCAAUAUGCAAGAUUCCAUGUGAAAUAUAUCAUGGAAAACUAAAUCCAGGUUUCAUUUUUCUUGAUGAUGUCGGUUUAAAAUAUUAUACUAACUUGCUUGCAUGUGUGUAGAUCUACAUAUGUGUGCUGGCUAACACGUGUAGUGGUCCCUAAUAUGGAUUUUUGACCUGUACGUGGAUGUAGAAACCCAUGUUCUUUUAUGACAGCAUUGCACAAAGAUUCUCGCCAUCUUACAUAAAUACACUCAAUAAGUGUAAAUUCUGUAAGACUCCUAUGAGUGCCGUAGUAUACAUGGAUGGCUUUUAUUAUUUGCACUAUCUCACAGUAGCCUAAUUCAUUACAGGCUCCCUCAUGCCUGAUCCUUCAGAUGCCAAGAUUUGGAAAGAAGUUUAAGAUGUUCCCCUUUAUCAUCCCUUCCUUGGAAUUGGACAUUACCAACAUGCUCUACACAAGUAAUUAUUUUAAUUUGACAGAUGGAAUCGUGCUAGAUUUUGGUGCUAAUCUGAUACUGGCAAUAUGUAGAGGUUUAAUUUUUGCCAAUACCUAAAAGCUAUACUUCAUAGUGUAGGUAAGAAUGACAUCACCAAAAAUAUCGACAAAACAUAGAAGGCAUAAUCCAAAAUCUGACCGUACUUCAGUGGCCAACUGGCCAGGACCAGCCACACGAUAUGAAGAAAAUGAGAAGGGAACAUUGAUCAGCAUUUAAAGGCAGUUUAUUACAGACACAAAUGUGAUUUUUCAGAUUUAAACCGAGACUUAAGAAAAGCUCUCUCUAUAGACGGAAUGCAACUGUGUCUGCAAGAAACUGCCUUUAACCCCUUAAGGACCAAACUUCUGGAAUAAAAGGGAAUCAUGACAUGUCACACAUCAUUAAAUUAUGGGGCACUGUACAAUAUCAAGUAUGUUGGAACUUGAAUUUUCUUUUGGCCCUGCCAGGUGACUUCACAUAAGGCGUCAUCUUAAUUGGUAUACUGGAGAGGGAAGAUUUAAUUACUCCUCAUUAUACUUUAAGGAAGAAAAAAAUAAGGUGAUGACAUUUAUUCAUCAUCCACAUUUCAGAAGUGCUGCAGAUAACAACACAGGGUCAUCACCAACAGCAAAAUGGUUAAGUUGCCUGUAAGGAAGUGGGAAAGAACCAUGUUUUUGUUAUUGGUCAAUAAUUGAUGUUUUUAUAUAAAAAAGAGGAACCAUGACUGGUGCAAAUUGAUGGUUUUUAUAUAAAAAAGAGGAACCAUGACUGGUGCGAAUUGAUGGUUUUUAUAUAAAAAAGAGGAACCGUGACUGGUGCGCUUAGUAAGUUUUACAAUAUACGUUUACAGCAGCUUCACACUCCAGGGGAAGUCUCCCUCAACCCCUGUGACAAAUAUAUAGAACAAAAGUUUGCAUAUAACAAGGUUUCGAUAAAUGCCCAGCCUUGGUAUAUGCUAAGUGGAGCGCUUAUAGAAAAUUGGACAAUAAUAAUGAUGGAUAAUGAUAGAGAUGGACAAUAAUACUCACAUCCAAUAUACAGGUGAUUAUUAACAUAAAAAGAAAUAGAAUAUAGCGUAAAUCUGUGGAGGAGAUGAUUAAAGAUACACAGGUAGUGGAAAAUUCCAAUUCACAUUUCUCAGAGCCUUAUAAAGGGACAGGCUCAGAUCACAAACACUUCUGUUCGGUAUGGUGGCACUUAACCCUUUUGGAUACGUAGAUCUUCCUCAAAAAAGAUAAAAGCAGAGAGACUCCUAUGGUGUAGCAUAUAAUAGUGUAGCAUAUAAUGGACCAGUGAUAAUAUUACUUCGGUGAGAGGAGUCCACUCAGGAAUACUAUUGUUAUUAAAUACUUUUUAUCUGUAUUUUAUUUUAUACUUUAUUAUUUUUUAUUGUAAUAAAUAUUAAUUUUAAAAGUCCCUACUUGACUACCUCAACUCCUGCUAUAAGGGUAGUGCCUCCCCUUUAAAGGCACUCAAAUGACUAUACCCAUAGCCAGGUACCAAGGGCUCUGGUAAAGGUGAGCACUGAUUUACUUUUUAAAGUAAUAUUAUCACUGGUCCAUUAUAUGCUACACCAAAGGAGUCUCUCUGCUUUUAUCUUUUUUGAGGAAGAUCUACAUAUCCAAAAGGGUUAAGUGCCACCAUACGGCACAGAAGUGUUUGUGAUCUGAGCCUGUCCCUUUAUAAGGCUCUGAGAAAUGUGAGUUGGAAUUUUCCACUACGUGUGUAUCUUUAAUCAUCUCCUCCACAGAUUUACGUUGUAUUCUAUUUCUUUUCUUUUUAUGUUAAUAAUCACCUGUAUGUUGGAUGUGAGUAUUAUUGUCCAUCUCACUAAUUUUCUAUAAGCUCAUUUAUCUAAACCUUGUUAUAUGCAAACUUUUGUUCUAAUAAUUGAUGUUUUGUCUACAGGAAGCAAAGUUUGUUGUGUUUGCCUGGGAGUUGCUGAAUAUGAAUGCACACAGUGUCUUGCAGACCCUCUUACCACUGAUGGGCAUAUUCGCCAGUUCUGCCAACAGUGUGAAAGACAGGUAAGCAGUGGUAGUCACAGUCCUUCUCUUCUCAGAUAUCUGGUAACAUUUGUAGAUCAAUGACCUGAAGACCCGGUCCUCACUUUUUCUAUGUGGGAUUGAAUCAGGUAGUCACUGGUGAUGCCUGUUCCAAAGGUGAGCUAGCUUAUCCAAAGAAGUAAUUUUGUGAGGUAUCGGACAUGGAGUAGAAUGAGGUAAAUACUGCUCCCACCUCUCCCCAUCCACACAACAAGCCAAAUUACAGAAGAUUCAGCAAUAAGCUUCUAUGCUUAGACACUACAAAUGCAACAUGGUCUGGUACAUGUUCUCUUGCAAACAUUGAAUUUUUACUUGAGUAAAAAUGACUGAGUAACAAGUAACAUGAGUAAACAAGUAGUAGCUGUCAUAGAGAAAUGUUUUACUCCAAGGGUCCUUAAAAGUUUUGGACAUCAUUCCAAAGUGGGUGAAUGCCACAGCAUGUCCACCAGACAUGAAGGAAGGUUCCUCUGUCUGAUGCGCCUCUCCUGCAUGUUGAAGAGACACUUAGGAAUUUUUUUAGUAAUCUGUGAGGCAUCAUAUACCACCUAUAGAGGGUUUUUGUGUGCUUCAACAUGUGAAUAGUAUUAUGUCCAUUUGGGUAAGUCAUUGGCCAGUCAGUAUCAGAAUUUUUACUUUUUUGGGGCCAAAAUAGAUGAGUUGGAACCAUAGCAGGCUUUCAGUUUCUGCUAUUUUGACCUAAAAUGUGCAAUUCCUUGGUAAAUUCAUGGCUUAAUGAACAAUCCAGAAACACAUAAACAUAUAUUUCUGUCCUUCCAGUGCUGGUGUUCAAAGAAAACCAGCAUUAACACCACAAAGUUGCUGGCUGAUUUUCAACAGUCAGUUGACUGAUUUCCGUGUUCCCUUUUCUUUGUCUCUCAGGUUCAUUCUCAGAAACAACUAAAUGACCACAGUCCUCUCAGACUGGAUACACAGACUGAUGGCUCCCUGCCACUACAAAAACUACAGCUGUUGGCGGUCCUCUGCAUUAAGACUAGUCACUUCAUAUCAUUCGUGAAAUAUGGACCCAGCAAACAUUCCUGGGUGUUUUUCGACAGCAUGGCAGGAAAAACAGGUAUGGGAGAUGUUGAUUUUUAGAUGUUGGCAUGACAUAAUGUAGAAUCUGAGAUUUCAAAAGCAGAUAAACACUGCAUAUUAAAAACAUGUCUGUAACAGGAAACUUAUUACCAGAUUAAAAAUUAGGCCCUAUUGGACAACCGUCUUCACUUAAAUACCCACGUAUGGAUUUGAGCAUCAUACAACUUAUUGUCCCUUCUAUUAUGAUCCAGCAGACUUUUCGCUUAGCGUAAAGCAAGAAUGGCUUAUUGGUAAAACUUCCAGAUUUUGUGGAACUAUAAGAAUUAAAGAGAAUGUUGGGUGUGCCAGUUCUACAACAGUUUGGAAAUUACCUUAACUAAUGAAUAAAUGUUUUGGUUUAAUUAUUAAUUGUUUACAGAAAGUGUAGUAGAAAAUCUUGAUAAAUUCAUGCAACAGCAUACAUAGAGUGAUGGCAGAUGGUAUAAACUGAGACUAAUAUUUGUGAACUGCACAUUAUGCCGACAUGGACAAUAUAAAAAAUUCUCAAGAAUUCUAAAAAGAAACUGUUUUUUUUCUGCUUAGGAAAUGAAAUCGGAACAAAUGUUCCCCUGGUACGAUCUUGCCCUCAACUGGGAGACUACCUAUCAAUGUCCGAAGAGCAGUUCCAAAGGGUCGAUUUCAGUAAGAUGGACAGUUUAUGUAGGAGAUUUUUCUCGGAUAGCUACAUGUGCAUAUACCAAUACCCAGAGCAUGGUGCCCAGAAUGGCUGAGAACAAUCUGUUGUAGCCCUUGGUUCGUGAUAUGCUCUUUGGACAAUUAUGUUUCCCAUCACAAGCUCCACCGAUCGGAAGUCAUGCAAGAGUUUGGACAUUCUAGUGUUUCCAGUGGGAAAGCUAGCUUUUAACUUUUGACACCUUAGCUGUAUGCUGAUGUUGACCUCUUGAAGUAUAAAUAUUUCUACAUCUUUGAAAAUGGACAAGCAUCUGCAAAUACAAAAUCAGUUUGGAGGAUGUUCACAUUUUUGUUUUCCCAGGUUCCCUGCCUAUUUUUUAUUGUUCUCGUCAGUAUGCAUCCGAUUUAUGUGACAACCCUGAUUGGAAGCUUGAUGCGGAGAUUUGUUUCCCUGACUUUAUUUGAAAAGAGCAACAAAAUAAUCUUCUGUUUGGAGGCUGACAACAGGACCACCUAAAAUGGUCAUAAUUCUACAUGAACUCUUUCUCUCUCUCUCAAAAAAGAGAAAGGUUAGC